AUGUUUCUCGUGAACUGUGCUCUCAUUCUCAUGGGCCUAGUGGUCUAUCAGCUCCUCAACCGGUGUCUACACAAGACAGUCAAGCAUUUCAACCCAGACUUCUACGCGGAACUGGAACUCGACAGGUAUCACAAGCUGGCACCGUACUUCGUUUUUCCGCUGGGCAUCCUUCUGACUCUGUUUACAACGCCAAUCUGCCUCUUGGCCUACCAUGAAACGCCUUCCGCGACCGACACUUUCGGCCUCGACCGGCCGUUCACCGCCAACGGCAAAGUUUGCCUCAGCUCCCGGGCCGCCCUAUGGAUUUCAGAGAUGCCGCUGCUCAGCUACUCGCCAGAAUACAUCGCCCAUCACAUCCUCUCGCUGGGAUCUCUGGUGCUCGUUAUGAUCAGCAAGAGCCCACGUCAACCCAUUUACCUCAUCUACGCGGGUCUCGUGACGGAGCUCUUUUCUGACACUGUUGCGUUGCUGCGGCUCCACGGGCGUAAUGCCGCCAACUCAGCCCCGUUCCGCAGAGCCAUGCUCGCAAACGUGCUAUCAAUGAUCUCCUUGAGAAUCAUACCGGUCAUCGCCUACACCGCGACCAUGCCGGAAACGCGGCCGUAUUACGCCGGCGGGAUAGCGCUCUACUGCUUCUAUCUCGCUAGGCUGACCUUUCUCCAACUGGGAACCCUGGGCUACCACAAGAUGAGGCUGGGCAGAGCGGGCAUAGCGGCGCAGUCGGACAAAAACUCCGCAAAGUCAAAAUCAGCAUAG